AUGGACGCCGCUGGUGCUGCAGACGCCCAAGCAUUUCGCUACCUCUCUGCGGAGUUUAGCCAACAAGGAUGGCCUGAGGAAGUGUGGCAGAGGAACUGGAAUGGACAGCCGCCGACAUGGGGACCACAGAUCCCUACCUACGGGGGGCCUUCCCUCAACUACAUGACCCAAGACGGGGCGGCGACUUCAUCACAGUUCCCGGGGCAGCCGCACGGGGGCGACCAGUCUGGGGGUCAGGCUGGCCAAGCAGAGCCAUCGCAGUUUUUUCCAGCCGGUGUUCCUGGAGGCUUAGAUCCACCAGGCUCACCUUUUGAUCCGUGGCGAGAUGCGGCUCGACAACUCAUCGCGGCCGCGACCCAAGGCACUGGGCCGCCUCCGGCUACAGCGACAUCGUCCGGCGGCGGCGUAGGACUCGGGAACGUCAUUGAUGGCGGCUCCGGGUCGGCUGCCGCGCUGAGGUCACCGGGCUUGAUGCGCCCAGAGGAUACGGAGCGCCUGCUCAUCUACCCGCAGGACUAUUUGUUCCUCCACAUGCACCUCCAUUACCAGGUUACGGGGUUCCUGCCGGAGCAGUUCCCCCUCUUCCAGGAGCUGCAGUACCUCCGGGAGGACAUCAUGGAGCCGCCGGAGUUCUACCUGACCGAGGGGGACUUUUCCGAUCCUCCGGCGUGGCCUGGAUGGACCUACCGCAAGCAGUGGGAGGUGGCCCUGAGGCGAUGGGACAAACAGACGGAUGUCCCGGUGUUCAGGCGUGCCGAGAAGAUCCUGCGAAGCCUUGGAUGGGAGAUGCAGGUUGACUUCGAGCAUCUCACAGAGGACGCAUUGACCGCCCCCGGAUACUUGGAUCUCAUUCUUGGGGUUAUGAGCAUGAAGGCCGGAGUGCGGGACGAUGACGAGAAGCGCCAGACAUUUCGCAACGUCAUCCACGGCAGCACCCGGCGCAAGGAUGAGACCCUCGGACAGUUCGCCAAUCGGAGGAUCAGAGACUUCACGAAAGCGGCGAGCUACGGGAUCCUCCUCCCCGACGAGUUCAAGGUUGCCUUACUACGCGAGGGCGCCGGCUUGAGCGACCAGAACCUCCAGAAUCUGACGGUGAUGACCCAAGGUCGAGAGGCGGACGUGGAUCAUUUGGCCGCUACCCUGGCUCGACUGGACGUUCGGGGAGAUCGAUUGUCUGGGGCAGUAUUCCACGAGGCGCCAGAGGACGACUCCUACCUCGCCCAGGAGGACGAGGACGAUGAGGAGGCCGAGGGCAGUGAUGACGAGUCCCUGCCGGAUGACCUCGUUCUAGCCGAGCUCGAGGACCUCUCGUUCACCGAGGAGCAGGCCAAGAUGGUUUUCGCCAUGAUGGAGAGUCGUGCCCCGAGGAAGAGAAGGACGUGGAAGGAGAACAAGCUCUUCAAGGCUGAGGCGAGGAAGGACCGGAGGUCGUUUCAGAAAGGGUUUCAUCACCCUCCGGGUGGCCGGUCAGGCGCAGGACACUCUGGAAGCGGACCGCGACCUGGCCAUCGCGGUGAUCGGCCGCGUCGGUCCAUCGCCGAGCUGAAGCGCAUGUCCACCUGCAGGCUUUGCGGAAAGAAAGGCCACUGGGCGGAGGACUGCGACGGGUCCAGGCCAACCGGAAGUGCCGAUCCUCCCAAGGCUUCUGGCUUCUGCUACCUGGGGCCAGCCGAUGGGGGUCGUAGUCUCUUCUCGGGGAUCAGCAUGUCCGAGCUGGGCGGGAUUAUGCAGGCCGCCAAGCAGAUCUUCCCGAGGCAGCCCAUCGCCGACUCCAUGAGCUUCUUGACUCUGGAGAGCGGAACCGCGAUUUUAGACAUAGGAGCAACACAAGAUUUGAUUGGAGCUCCGGCUCUUGAGUCCUUGGACAAGGCCCUGAAGGCUUCAGGCCUCCGAUACAUCGAGGUCCCAGCCCCAGAGGGGGCGCCGACUGGGAUAGGCGGUGCCGCCCGCGUCACCAAGGCUGUCCUUGUGCCGAUUUCACCCGGCGGCAUUCCGGGCAUCGUGCAUUUUGUUGUCAUAGAGGGCAAUGUACCACCACUUCUCUCAGUAGGACUACUCGAGUACUUGGGCGCGUCCUUCAGCUUGGUGAACGAUCAGGUCACCUUUGAGAAAAUUGGGGUGACUCGCAAGAUGACUCGCGAGCCCUCCGGACAUAGGACAAUCCCACUCGUGGAGUGGCCAGGUGGCUUCUUUCCGAUCCCUACAGAGGUUCGAGAGAAGUACAAGCUUCCCAAGGGAAUGUGCUGUCCAGUCGAUUGGUGUAUCUCGGAGAUCAGAGAGCAGAUCGUGCUGAUGCGAGUGUUCUUCUUGAAGCUGUCUGUCAUGAACAUGCAUGCAGUGAAUAUGAGCCCAAACCCGCUGAACACCCACAUGAGCCCGAACCCAACCGGAGUGUUGCUCAACAUUCGCGUGAUCCAGAAGCUCUUGAUCCUCAAGAUCAGAUGCACUCCAAUUCGAACGAGGCCCUCCCAGGUGGAUCCUCCUCCGCGCGACAUGGAACGCACCCGUGCCGAGCUGACGCUGCAGCGGUGGCGAGCGCUCGUGAACCGCACCUUCUUUCUGUUGGAGACGACGAGGAUGGUCUACGUGCGGCUCAUCAUGGCGGAGCGAGGACAGAAGGCCGUGACGACCGACAAGAAAAAGUACCUGGAGGCAGACAAUCAAGUUCCUGGGCGAUGCCUCCAUGCCGGCAGACACAUCAAUCGGGGAAAUCAAUACGCGAGCUGGCAGGUCUGCGCCAACUGCAAUGCUCGCCUGAACUAUGCUUCCCGCAACAGGAUGAAGGCGAAGCCCAAGGCAAAGGCCACGGCGACCAAUCCUGGAUACUCUGCCGGGAUGCCAGGGAGCAGCUCGGGGCUUGCGGUCAACUUGGCGGAGAACCGCGACUCUUCCCGUGCCCGCCAGAGCAAGAUGACUCAAGGACCAAUGGCUCCCGAGGGGAGCCCGGAAGUGGCGUCGGCCCUGCAGAUGAUGGCGUUGGGAUUUCGCGAGAUGAAUGCCACCAUGGCCGAGCUCACCCGUGGACAGAACCGCAUGAUCAUGAUGAUGGCGGCUGCCCAGAACCCCGUCCAGAACUUCACGGAGAUGACGAUGGAGGAGAUCAGGACCGCGGCCGUGCAGGCCGCCGCCGUCCCAAUGGAAGUGAGCGGGGACGAAGGGACGAGCGACCAGAGCUGGUCCCCGGUAUCGCCAGACGCCGGGUCGACCUCCUUCCCGGCCGAGGGCACUACGGAGUGGACCAUGGACGAGCAGAUGCACUUCGCCUUCUUCCACCACGACCCGCGGUUCGGCAUCAUUGGCAUAAACGAGCAUGGCAACCCGUCCGAAGUCGGCCCCUUCUGGCACUUUAUGUCCGAGACCCUCCUCGACCUCCUUGAGACCCAAGCGACCGAGAACGACAAGCUGAUCUACCCUCAGGACAAGUUCGAGGAGGCGACCCGGAACCUUCAGCACCUCAGCCGUGGCCGGCACCGAGAACUACAGCAACACCGGACUGACGUCCUCGAGGUUUUCGCUUCCGGGAUGCUAUCUACCUUAGCACGGCAAAGCGGCAUGCAAGUUGCUGAGGGAAGCCAGGAAUUUACCAGCCAGACCGGCUGGACCGGACUGCCCAAGUCCGAACGACAGCGACUACGUCAGGCGUUGGAGAUGUGCCGGCCUCGGUUGGCACGUAUCGUGGUUCCAGCCGGGGAUGCGACUACAAGGGCACGGGCCGGCCAUGCAGUGCAAGCAGCACUCGCCUGGGAGGUGGCACUUCGUCAAAGAGAAGAGGGGCGCCACUUCGUUGUCGAGGCUCAUCACCUCAGUCCGACCUGGAGUUCUUCGAUGGGCCAGCGAGCACGGGAGGACCCGGAGAACUGCGUCUUGAUGACUCAGUCUGGCGACUUGGUUCUCACGAAUGACCUGGACCUGGGGGCCCGUCUUGUCGAGAACGGGUACCUGGAGCACACGAAGGACCGGCAAGCGAACGGCCAUGCCAGUCUUCUCCCAACACCAAUCCACAGCGAGGUCCUGCUUACCUCAACCUCCUCGACUACAAGUGAGAAGUUCCAGGAAGUGGAGAUGGAGGCUCGUCGGCUUCUCAGGGAUAUGGACUUUACUCAUCGCGGGUGUCUCCGGCUACUUCGGGGCGUUCCUUGGGACGAGCUGCCGAUUGGGAGGCGUCGACACGCCAAGGGCUUGAGUCGGGAGAGACGACAGACGGUCACCUUCGGCCAGUUCACCCACGGUGGGAUGACGGGAGUCACUCGAGCGACGCGACUUCUUCCGUGGGUGUGCCGCUACGUCAACAACUAUCUCACACGACACGGCGGCCUCUCUGGGAGAUCCUCUAUCACCAUCGGGAUCAACAGCCACAUCUCCUACCACAAGGACGUCAACAACAUCGGCGAGACCGACACCAUCGCCAUCGGCAAAUUCACUGGUGGCCAGUUGUGGGUGGAGCAGAGCGGAGGCUCAGUGCAGAGGCAAGUCCGACCAGGAACCUGGAAGGCCGGAAGCCUUAAAGCGACCCACCACAAGGUGACUACAUUUUCUGGUCGGGACUUCCACGGCGUCGAGCCCUACACCGGGGAGAGAUGGAGCAUCAGCGGAUACCGCACCCGAACCUCAUCCGUCCUAGCCGCGGGCGACCAGGCCGUUUUGGGUCAGCUUGGAUUCAAUCUUCACGGAUAUGAGCGCGACCCGCAGAUCCUCUGGAGCCAAGAGUCCGUCUUCUUUGAGGCAGUCCGGGAGCACGGCCGAAACCACAACUUCCCGGAGCGGGCCUCCUUCCCCGAGGUCGUGGAGAUCAGCGAGGACGAGGAGGAGCCCGUGGCCGGAGAGCGAGGUGUUCCGGAGAGGGCCGAUCCCGCAGAAGCCCCUCAGACCAUGACAGCCGAGCAGAAACGGCUUGUCCGAAAGAUUCACAUCAAUACAGGACACCCCCCCAUGGCGCGACUGUUACGGACACUUCGAGCCGCCGGAGCCCUUCCGCAUGUUUUGGAAUACGUCAAGAAUGAAUUUCAAUGCGAUGACUGCGGAAUCAAAAAGCAGGCGGACGCAAGGAGGCGCGCUCAGUGCCCACGUGUGUUUUCCUUUAACCGGGUGCUCUCCGUCGACAUCAUGUACGUCAAGUUCAACGGAACGCAGGUCCCGAUCCUUAACAUGGUCUGUACCGGGACUAAUUACCACGUGGCGGUUCGGAUUCUCGGGGCUUCCGGAACUCCAACGGCCAAGGCCACUUGGAAGGGACUCGCCGAGUCCUGGAUCCGCUACCUCGGCCCUCCGCAUCUCAUCAUCUCCGAUGGAGGGAACGAGUUCCGUGGAGCAUUUGAGCGCGGCGCGGAGCAGUCAGGCUGUCUGCAGCACAUAUGUGCUGCGGAAUCACCGUGGCAAAAUUCCAAAUCUGAACGUCACGGAGGUUGGUUAAAACGACGACUGCAGCAAGAGAUUGACUCUGGAAGGUGUGCCUUUGGCUCGCUGGAAGAACUCGAUCUCUUCUUGUCUACUUUGACAUCCACCAAAAACAGGUGGUAUAAUCAGGGGGGCCACACCCCUGUGCAACUCGUCUUCGGGGAACUUCCACGUAUCCCAGGGGAACUCUUGGGCGACCAUCCCGGAGGUCUUGUUCCAUUGGUCGACGCCUACCACGACCCUUCUGGAAAUGACGAGAUUGGGGAAGAGUUCAGGAGGCGAAAUGCCGUCCGAGAAAGAGCCAAGCAGCUGGCCAUGGAGAGCUCCUCCAAGGAGGCUAUCACCAAGGCCCUGAAGACGAGUACUUCGCCGAGUCGAAAGUGGACAUUGGGCCAGUGGGUCUACGUCUAUCGGAGAGCCAAGGCAGGGGAUGGACUUCAUCCCACUUCCCGCUGGGUUGGUCCUGGACUGAUCAUCAUGCAGGGCCAGGGCAUUAUAUGGGUCGCCAUGCGGACCAGAUUGUGGCGGUGCACCUCAGAGCAGCUACGACCAGCCUUCCCUUCCGAAGUCCUCGGGUCUCAGCUCAGCUCCGACCCCAGCCUGUCUGACUUACUGCGCAAGGUGACCGCAAACACACGGGCAGGAGCGGUGGACGUUGCUAAGGAGGGCCCUCCACCAGGCGAGGCCGAGCAGUGUGACCCAGUUCAGAGGAUCGAGAUCGAGGAGAGACCGAUCGAGGGAGGACCUGAGACCGGUGUGCCCUUGUCUAUGCGUCUCCCGCCAGGUGAGGUACCUCAAGGACCACAACCUCCAAUCACCAUCCCACCGGGACUGAUCGGUCCAGCUCCUUCUGAUCCUGCCCCCGGGCUCCAACCAAUGGUUGCUCCGGAGCACUUGCGAGCCUCUCAGAACAGUUCCAGGCGUUCUUCAGUGGAGGAGCCAGCGCAGGAGCCAGACGGACGAGAAGAGUUGCCGGUGAUUCCAGAGGAACCUCCCGGACUUCCAUCAGCGUCGGGGGCCGCUGCAUCAGAUUCUCCUCCAAGCAAAGUGGCAAGGACAACCGAAAGUACCAGAGCUCCAGGAACUCCUAUUCAACGACUACUACAGCGAGUCCGUCGAGACUAUGGGCCUCCGGAGACGAGCUCCACUCAGGCCAAUGCCAGCGAAUCCGGAAGCCGUGAACAUUCUCGUUCUCCACGACGUCCAGAAGAUCGAGAAGACGGAGAGCUGUGGUCCUGGUUUCAUGUGGGCCAGUCUGGAGAGCUAAACCUGCUGGCCAAGCGGAGCGAUGAGAUAUCGCUUAAGGAGCUCACGGACGAGGAGCGGAAGCUGUUCGAGGGGUCCGACCGACUUGAGUGGGAAGCGAUCCUCAAGACGAAGGCGGUCAGGGUCCUUACGGGCGAGGAGGCGGCAGCGGUGAGGAAGAAAUGGGGAGACAGAAUCCUCUCAUCACGUAUGGUGCGCCGACGUAAGCCACUGGACCAGGAAAAUCGAUGGAAGCCCAAGUCGAGAUGGUGCCUGGGAGGACACACGGAUCCCGACACGGGGUCCCUGGUGACCUUUGCCCCGACCCCACAAGGAGAGGGGAUGAUGGCCUUCAUGCAGACGAGCUUGAACCUGGGACAUCGGUUCGUCUUCUCAGAUGUGAAGAACGCUUUCUGUCAAUCCAAUCGAUUGAAGCGUCCUGGCGGCCCUCUCUUCGCCGAGCCUUGCUCAGGACUGAAUCUCCCGGAAGGGGCGAUCAUAGCCAUCGACAUCCCCGUCUACGGCCUCGACGACGCUCCCGCGGCGUGGAGGCGGACAGUCGUGGAGCAUCUCACGGAGGGCAUGGGCUACGUGAGAAAUCUCGUUGAGCCCUGUUGGUUCAUGAAGUUCGAGGCCUGCAAGGAAACCGGGGAGACGCAGAACGUCUCCCAGAUCCUUCUGGAAGUGGACGACUUCAUCGUCACGGCGCGGGAGUCGCACGAGAAGGAGAUCGAGGCCGGGCUGAAGAGUCGCUUUGACUUUGGGAAGUGGCAGGCGGGCAGUGCUGAGUACGCUGGGCGUCGCGUCCGCCACCUAGGAGACCGAGUUCUUGUAGACCAAGGGAAAUACAUCCGAGAGCAGAUCCGACCCAUUGCUCUGGAGAAGUCCCGCAAGCAAGACAAGAAAGCAACCCUCAACCAGCUCGAGUUCGAAGCCCUAAGGUCAGCCAUCUACAAGAUCAACUGGGUGGCCAAAGAGAGCCGACCAGAGAUGGCCGGGCUGGCAUCCAUUAUGGCAUCGAGACUCAAGGUGGCCACCAUCGACGACGUUCUCACCCUCAACAAGUGUGUGAAUCAUCUUCAUAACACCUCAGAGAGGAGCAUCACCUUAUGGAAGAUGGAUCCAAGGGAGCUGUGCUUCGUGGUGGUCACUGACGCCGGAGGGAUCACCACUCGUGAAGGAGAGGUCGACGAAGCCGGUCUGCCCAUUGAUGCCACCCAAGGAGCCUGGGCUGUGAUUGCCACGGAGCGACUUCCAGUCGGGCGUGAGCGCAUCAGAGGGUCCAUCCUGGCCUGGAGAUCAAGCAAGCUCAAACGUAAAGUGUACUCGAGUUUUGGCGGGGAAGUUCAAGCCAUGCUGCAGGGCGUCAACGAAGUCGAUUGGCUGCAGAUCAUGAUCCGCGACGCGGUGUUUCAUGACGUCGAGCUUCGCAGCUGGCGAAAUAGCCUUUCCCCUCACAUGUUGGUGUUGAGAGGAGACUGCCGAUUGCACGAGCGUCAACAGCAGUGCUCCGUCACCGACGCCAAGUCCUUGUACGACUGCUUGCUGAAGGAGAACCCCCAGGGCCGGCAAGAUCGCAAGGCAGCUUUGGAACUCGCCAUCGUCGUGAAGGACCUGCAGGAGACCAAGUCAAUGGUGAGAUGGUCACCCCACCAAAAGAACCUCGUCGACAGUUUGACCAAGCUUGAUCCCCUGAAGGGGAACGGUGCCAUGGAUGAGUUCCUGAAGCAGGGCACUCUUUCACUAGUGGAUGUCAAAGAGGAGCUCGAAAACCGAGCUACUGAUCCCAAGUUCCGACGACGCAGCCACGCUGCGGCGGUAGCGCGGCUGAUAGAUGAGCACCGAUCAGACUACUUCGGACUCUGGUCAACUAUAAUUUGGGGGAACUGUGAAGCUUUAGCUGCUGAUUUGCAUAGGCAUCAUUCUGAGUAUUGA